AUGUUCGCUCAUGUGACUCGGAAUUCUGGCCUCCGUGGAAAUGUCAGCAGAUGGCGCGCCAAUGCGCCGCCGAAGACGGUGCCGUUGGGAAGCCGCGGCUCGACGACGCGAUCCGAUCAUAAGCGGGACUGCAGCCGGAAUCUGGUUCUUAUCUUAGCCGUAACCAACCUCGCGUUGCUCUUCCUCCACCCACUAUUGACAUUUAGGUCACCAAUUUCCAGUAUUAGUGACGACGACGAUCAGGAUCCAUUCUCGAGAGCCGCUGCUGACGUGGCAUGGCGAUCGAGGCAGAAAAGAAGGGGUUUGUGGAACGCGGCUACGCAACGAUGGCGCGGAGCGGACGGCAUUCAGGCAGAGACCAUCGGAAAGCUCUUAAACGAGGACGCGGAGCGGUUCUCCCUGCCAAUCAAGCGGCGCCACGUCAGCACGGGGCACGGGCUGCAGGGAUUCGUUCUGUACAGCAGCUACCGGCUGAACCUGUCGUCCUUUGUGGUGCUCGGGCUCUCCCCCAUGGCGCUGCACUCGCUGCCACUCAAGGGAGGUGGCAAAGAGGGGCCACGGGGGAAGCGGGAUGACGGGGUGGUGCGAGAUAAAGGGAAUGGGGGAAAUAAAGUGGUGGUACAGGGGAAAGGGGCAGGAAGGGAUAAGGGGGAUGGACGGGGCAAAGGAGCGGGGGAUGGGGGAAGGGUAAGGCAUGGGGGGAAGGCCGGGGUAAAGUGGGCGCAUGCGGUUCACGGGGGGAAGAGUGGGGGUGAAAGGGUGGAGGGGAGAAGAGAGAGUGGGAAGAAGGGCGAGGUGGGGAAGACGGAGGGGAAGAAUGAGGUGAAAAGGGGUGCAGUGGGGUUGAAGGAGCAGCAGCAGGCAUUGCGUCAGACAGGCAAGGAGGUUGGGGGGGGUGGUCGGGAAACGGAAGGAGGGAAGGGAGGAGAGAAGGCAGGGGAAAAGGGUGGAGUAAAGGGAGAAAGCAAGGGAGGAGCGAAAGAAGGAGACAAGGGCGGGGGGAAGGGAGGAGGGAAGGGAGGAGAGGAGAUUGGAGUGAUGGGGAAAGAGAAGGGGGGAGGGAAAGGAGGAGAGAAAGGGGGAAGGGAGAGGCAGGAGGAGAAGAAGGCAGGCGCAAAAGCGAAAGAGGGAAAUGGUGGUGGUUCUGGCAAGGAUGGUACAGGUGCAAGGGGAACAGUGGGCACAGGAAGCGGGGGAGUGGUAGGCGAGGGCUUCAAGAUGCGGUACGAAGCGGUGAUCCUGCAGUGCACGUUGCAGGCGCCCACGGGGCCGAUAUCGGGGGGCCGGCUGGUGAUGGCGGUGGAUGGGCACGAGGCGGUGGUGGUGCAGGAGGAGUCGGGGCAUGAUCUUCCUCACGCCAUGCGCACUCAUGAUUUCCCCCACGCCCUGACGCACUGCUCCUCGCCGCUGUACAAGCCGAUGCACGCCGGCCGGCUGCGCGAGUGGAUGGAUUUCCACCGCGCUGUUCACCGCGUCGACCUCUUCCUGCUCUACGAUGCGGGCGGCGUGGACGGAGCGGUGCGGCACGCUCUGCACCCGCUGCUGGCGGCCGGCACAGUGCAGAUCGCGGAUCUCAGAGAUGCCGCCCGGUUUGAGAGCUACCACCACGCACAGCUCCUAGCGAUGAACGAUUGCAUAUUCCGCACGCGCCACCUCUCGCGCUGGACGCUCUUCCUUGACUUCGACCACUACAUCACCCUCCUCAACGCCCUCACUUACACUCACUUUCCCUACUGCUUCCUUGUUACCCCUCCCACCCUUCAUUCCUCCCCCCUUCCUCAGCUCCUAGCGAUGAACGAUUGCAUAUUCCGCACGCGCCACCUCUCGCGCUGGACGCUCUUCCUCGACUUCGAUCACUACAUCACCCUCCCCAACGCCCUCAUCGCCAAUCGCUACCCUCCCACCACCACUACCACCGCCGCCGCCAUAACCACCACCACUACCACUGCCACCACUGCCACCACUGCCACCACUGCUGCUCCUGCUGCUACUGCUGCUACUGCCCUUCCCAGAACGCUUCUGGCUGACCCGAGCAACAGCAGGGCGCUCUCCUUGCUGGCUUUUCUGGAUGGGAAGGGCCAGGCUGUUGACGCGAGAGGGCAGCAGGAGGGCGAGGAGGGGUGGACGUGGGUGAGCUUUGGAUGCUUCGUCUUCUCCGUCGAUCGCUGUGCUCCUCUGCCCGACAUCAGUGAAGGCGACGAGUGGGCAGUGGAGCGCAUGGUGUAUCGGGACCCUGAGCCCUACUGCAGGGAGAACAGCAGCUACAGCGAUAAGACGGUGUGCCAGAAGGCCGAUGGGCUUCGUAAAUACGCCAUCAACCCGCGCAAAACUCUCGUGGUUCAGAGCAACCGAAUUCUCAAUGCGGAGCCAGGAGGGUACAUAGCACCUACAGGGAGCGUGCGCAUAAACUAUUUCAAGGGGCUUUCGGAACGAGAGCGCAGCACUUGCGAGAUUAUCAUGCCGAAUGCUGAUGUUACCAUUGAUGCCAACUUGACUCAAGAUUACUCCGUUUCGAAUCUAGCCGUUGCCGCUCGCUAUAAAUUAGCUGCUAGCCGCAAUGGGCUAACGUGA